AUGAAACUAGACGCUACCGAUCUCCGCUAUGUGACACCGGAGGAAUUCAGGGUUCUAACUGCAGUUGAGAUGGGUUCAAAAAAUCAUGAAGUGGUCCCCACGAACCUUAUUGCUCAGAUAUCUGGCCUGAGGAAUGGUGGUGUCAAUAAACUCGUCGGUUCUCUCGCGAAACGAAACCUGGUCUCAAAAGUUCAAAAUUCAAAAUACGACGGAUACAGGUUGACGUAUGGCGGUUAUGAUUAUCUUGCAAUGCGUGCGAUGUCAAAGAGAGACUCAAUGCACUCUGUCGGAAAUCAGAUUGGUGUUGGGAAGGAAUCCGACAUCUAUGUUGUCGCAGAUUCGGAAGGCAAGGAAAUGGUAUUGAAGCUACAUCGACUUGGCCGAAUAUCCUUUCGCGCAAUUAAGGACAAGCGUGAUUAUCUCGGAAAGAGGAAAUCUGCGUCGUGGAUGUACAUGUCUCGCUUAGCCGCCCAGAAAGAAUGGGCGUUCAUGCAAGUCCUUCAUAAGCACGAUUUUCCUGUUCCAAGACCCAUCGACCAAGCACGGCACUGUAUUCUGAUGGAGUUCAUCGAUGCAUAUCCCUUGCGUCAAAUAUCGGAAAUUCCAUCACCAGGCAAGCUUUAUUCGACCUUGAUGGAUAUUAUUGUGCGAUUUGCCCGCGCCGGGUUGAUUCAUGGGGACUUUAAUGAGUUCAAUAUUCUUAUACGGCGAGAAAAUGGGGAGCCUGUCGUCAUUGAUUUCCCUCAAAUGGUCAGCACGUCACAUGUGAAUGCCGAAUGGUAUUUUAAUCGCGACGUUGAAUGCAUCCGGACAUUCUUCAAGCGGCGCUUUCGAUAUGAGAGCUCCUUGUAUCCUCGAUUUAAAACGGUAGAAACAGAGGAUUCCUCCGAAUCAAAUUUCAGGCUGGAUGCUGUUGUCGCUGCUAGUGGGUUCGGCAACAAAGACAUGAAAGUUUUGGAAGAGGUUUGUGUGAUUUGA